UCGCUGUCGAAUAUAACAUCUCGAACUCGUCUUCAUCCCAUCCUCAGCUGAGGCAAGCAAUCGGCCUUCGGUUUUAUUGACCUAUCCUAUCAUCUACAUCCACCUCGCCAACCCCGCCCUUACUCCUUGCCCGACUUCGCGCCAUGUUUGGCUUCGGAUCCUCCUCUUCAUCCGCCAUCGAACCCGGCAAGGCGCCAUCCCGUGAGCAGCGGCAGAAGUGCUGGGCUGCGCGUGACGCGUUCUUUGCAUGCCUGGACUCGCACAGUGUCCUGCAGCCCCCCGAGGCAGGGAAGGGCGCCGGGACGCCCUGCGAGGCCGCGCAGAAGGAAUAUGAGACGGCUUGUGGAAAGAGCUGGAUCGACUACUUCAACAAACGCCGCGUUCUCGAGUUCCGCCAGGCUGCGACACUCGCCGAGGCCGCGCGACAGCGGGAAGAGGCUGCCAAGCGGUAACAGCAGCUCCGACUCCCCUCGCAUCAUUGUAUUAUGACAGACACUACUCCAUCUCCAACACAUGCGCUACUCCGCCGGGGGACCCGGAUGCAAUGCUACUUGAGAAGCGCCUCGACG